AUGUCAACUAACCCAACCCAAAGCCCCCUCUCCGCUACCGCGCCAAACCAAACCACAACCACAACAACCACCACCACACACCACGCCCCCAACAAUGGCGGUCUAGCGCAGAAAGCCUAUUCUGCACUCGCUGCGGUGCACGGCACGGGCGAGGCAGUACGGGGUCACUUUAACUCUGCUGUUGAUGAUGCGUUUGGCGAGUUCUAUACGCUGUUGACCUCAAACUCUCACAAGUCCACUAUUGAGAAAUGGAUCCUCGCCUGUUGCAGCUUUCCUAAAAUUGCAGAUCCCCCAACUACCGUACCCCGCUACGCACUCGAUGCGGAGAAGUGCAACGGGUUGGGACAGGCGUUACAAAUCGAUGAUCCAGCUGCCCCACGGCACCAGCUGCCCCACGGCACCAGCCGCACCGACGCCGCCGUCGCCUUCUGGCUCCUCAUCGCAAUCUGGCUCUUCGUCGGCCUCACCCACUCUCACGUCUCCCUCACCACCCUUAACUCCGCCGCCUCCCCCCACGAUCUGCACGAACACAUACCCCCCCGCGCGCCGCCAGCAACGACAAUAGUCCACCUCUCGCGCACCUACCUCGCCUACCCCAUCUACAGCGACGGCGCCCCCUUCGCCACGCAAUUCGGACAGAUCCUCAAGUUCCGCGACGACAUCCGCGUCCUCGCGACUAGCACCCUCCGCAGCCUCGCCGCGCAGUACAACUACCCCGGCGCGCUGGCCGAUGCGGUUCUGCCCGAUUUCUUCGGCGCGCAUGUACGCACCGAGCGGGACGCGCAGCUAGGCUGGCCGGGCCCGGAUUGGGUGUACAGCCAGUACGAGACACAAGCUGCGCUCGUCCUGUCCGCAGCCUCCAACGCAGGCCUCCUGCUCAUCUACGUCCCCUCCGGAGACCGCGAGGGUCGCGAAGUUGAGCGCCGAGGCGGCGGCAAUGAAUAUGACGGUGACGACGAAAUUUGA